CCGCAAUCGACAAUGGAAAAUUCUCUACCAGCGCUUCUCGCGUCACUAACAGCCUCGCUCGAGUCUGCAGCGACCGCUCUUCCCCAGGAUUCCGCCAUUGUUCCCCCAAAAGACGGCAUAUCCCUCCUCGACGUCAAAAAUGAGCUCCUGCUCUCAUACGUGCAAAACCUCGUCUUCCUCAUUCUCCUGAAACUCCGAUCGCACUCCACCGACGACGAUGAAGCGGACUCGAUCCAAGACGCCGUAGUCAAGAAACUCACCGAACUCCGCGUCUACCUCGAAAAGGGCGUCCGCCCCCUCGAAGCGCGCCUCAAAUACCAAAUCGACAAAGUCGUCAAAGUUGCCGACGAUGCCUCCCGCUCCGCCGCCCAAAAGGCCGCAGACCCCAAACCCUCCAGACCAAAACCGCGCCGAGGGGACAACGCGUCCGACUUCUCCGGCAGCGGCUCCGAGGGUUCAGACUCCGGAGCCGACGACGAGGACAUCAACGAGCUCGCCUACCGCCCCAACCCCGCCGCAUUCGUGCGGCCACAGACCGUAGAAGCGGACGCAGGUGCUGGCAAGAAGAAGGACAGCAUCUACCGCCCGCCCCGCGUCACGCCCACUGCCAUGCCGACCACCCGCGGCCGCGAGGAGAAAGACGCCCGCAAGCCCGUGAAGUCAAACACCCUCGACGAGUUCAUCGCUACCGAGAUGUCAUCCGCGCCCGUCGCGCAGCCCAGCAUCGGCAGCACGAUUGUUGCUGGUGGGCGGCACACGAAGUCGCAGCGGGAGCGGGACGAGGAGGCCGAGCGGCAGAUGUACGAGGAAUCGAAUUUUGUGCGGUUGCCCAAGGUGAGUAAGAAAGAUAGGGCGAAGAAUGGGAGCCGCACGAGGGAUCUGGGGUAUGGAGGGGAGGAUUGGAGGGGGUUGGAUGCCGGGGUGGAUCGGAUUGCGAAGUUGACGCAGAGGAAGGGGGGUGCCGGGGGGAAGUUGGAGAGUAGUCGAAAGCGGGAAGUUGUGGAUGGGCCGAGGGGGACGGGGCAGAGUGAUGCAUUUGAGGCGAAAAGGAGGAAGUUGAGGAGGUGA